GAAGAGACAGCCAGCAGGAGAGGUGAACGGGACUUCCAACACAUAUAGCAGGACCUCCAGUGAGGUUGCAUAGCCAAGGGGCACAGAUGUGGACGUUUCCGAGCUUUUAAAAGAAGAGCUUCCCCAGCAUCGGCCCUGAUUCCAGACCUGCGGCAUCAUGACAGCUCUGGUCGCCCUGCUGUCCCUGUUGCUGCUGGGAGUCCAGGUCCAGCAUGGGGCCGAGUGGACCUACUCAGAGGGGCCGCUGGACGAAGUACACUGGCCGACGGCGUACCCCGACUGCGGGGGGCAGAGACAGUCACCCAUCAACGUGCAGAGGAAGAAAGUGCAGUACAACCCUUCCCUGAGGGCUCUGAACCUGUCAGGCUACGAGGUCCAGCUCGGGGAGUUCCUCAUGAUCAACAACGGUCACACAGUACAAAUCAGCCUGCCCUCCACCAUGCUCAUGACGGCCCCUGAUGGCACCCAGUACACAGCCCAGCAGAUGCACUUCCACUGGGGUGGCGCCUCCUCCGAGAUCAGCGGCUCCGAGCACACCAUCGAUGGGGUCAGAUACGUGAUCGAGAUUCACGUCGUUCACUACAAUUCUAAAUACGAGAGCUACGAUAAAGCCCAGACAGCACCGGAUGGUUUGGCUGUGCUGGCAGCCCUCGCUGAGGUCAAGGAUUACGCUGAAAACACGUACUACAGCGACUUCAUUUCUCACUUGAAGAACAUCAGUUAUGCAGGACAAAGCACCAUUCUGAAGGGGCUUGACCUUCAGGGCAUGCUACCUGGGAACCUCCACUACUACUACAGCUACUGGGGGUCACUCACCACUCCUCCCUGUACUGAGAAUGUCCACUGGUUUGUGCUGGCAGAUACUGUCAAGCUCUCCAAGACACAGGUUUGGAAGCUAGAGAAUUCCUUAUUGAAUCACCAGAACAACACCAUCCACAAUGGUUACCGCAUGACUCAGUCCCUAAACCACAGAGUGGUGGAAGCCAACUUCAUGUUUCAACCUAAUCAGCGCCCUGCACUCCAGUUUUAUCUAAACAGUAUCAACAAAAACCUUGACUACUUGAGAAGAUUUAUUGAACAGAAGCAAAGAGAUAAAUGACCUUGAAGAGUGAGCCCUGUCUUCUCUCCAAGAAGCCCUGUAUGUCUGG